UCUGGUUGGUAGUUUAGGGCAACAAGACAGCAGUCCCAUUUGCCAGCUCCGAGACCUCAGACAAGUCACUUAACACUCCAAGCUUCAUGACCAUUCUCACCGUGCCGACCUCACAGGGAAUAGAGAAAGCACGAGAGAGUGGUGUUUUAACAAUUAAACUGGGCGGAAAUCUAGGAACCUAUGUGAUCAACAAGCAGACCCCAAACAAGCAAAUCUGGUUAUCUUCUCCAUCCAGUGGGCCCAAGCGUUAUGACUGGACUGGGAAAAACUGGGUAUACUCCCACGACGGUGUGUCCCUCCACGAGCUGCUGGCCGCCGAGCUCACUGAAACCUUAAAAACCAAGUUGGACUUAUCUUCCUUAGCCUAUUCUGGAAAAGGCACUUGAUGCCAGCUCCAUUUUAAAGACAUUAAAAACUAUCAGUCCAAGACCCCAGCUUCGUUCCGCAGCUGAGUGUCUCUUUUCAUUCCUGCUUUUGAGGACAGUUGCAUUGUAUGUGACAGCUCUGUGAAAAGAAAGGUCUCCACGCACCCUGCCCCCAAGUUCUGAUUUUUAAUUUCUGCAGAGGUUUUUGGGUUUAUUAUCUGAUUUCCCUCCUCACAUGAUGUCCCUCAUCUUUUAUAACGUCCUAUACCCAUAACUUAAUAUAGUAACCUUACAAAAAGAAACAUAAGAAGAAGGAAAAAUUCCAGGAGGAGAAAUGAAUCGUCUUCAGUCUUCAUUCUUUGAAGGAUUUACUGCAAAAAUUCCAUGAUGAGCAGCUGGCCGAGCUUGCCAUUCUGUCCCAAAAUGAGACUUAGUAAAGGGUGCCCUCCAAGUGUUCCCAGGCCUCUUUCAGAGUGUAAACCCUUCUGAGCCCUUUAGCAUUGGAGUGUCAAAAGCAACCCACACAGGAAGACUCUUCCCCCUUUGUGUUCCGUGACUGCCCGUGUGUAGCCUGCACUGUGUGAUCCAGGAGACCUGCUGCUCUUUCUUCCAUAUGUUCACAUAGAUGUGUGUGUGUGUGUAUAUACAUUUUUAAUUUAAGUGUCAGUAUAGAAUCAGCUGUUGCAA